AUGUCGGUCAUUCUCUGCACAGCUGGUUACGACCACACGAUAAGGUUCUGGGAGGCCCUUUCUGGGAUUUGCUCGCGAACUAUCCAGCAUCCAGACUCACAGGUGAACCGGCUCUGCAUUUCCCCCGACAAGCGCUACCUCGCCGCUGCCGGCCAUCACACCGUCAAGUUGUUCGAUAUACGAUCAACGAACCCUGCUCCACUUCUGGUCUUCGAGGGUCACACCGGCAACGUCACGGGCGUAGCGUUCCAUUGUGAGGGCAAAUGGAUGGUCACGAGCUCCGAGGACGGCACCGUGAAGAUAUGGGAAACACGGACUGGCACGAUCCAGCGAAGCUAUAACCAUGGCUCCCCUGUGAACGAUGUCGUGAUCCAUCCGAACCAAGGCGAGAUCAUUAGCUGCGACCGUGGCGGCAGCAUCAGGCUUUGGGACCUGGCCGAGAAUACUUGUGCGCACCAGCUCAUCCCCGAGGAGGAGGUCUCUGUGUCCAGUGUCACUGUAGCAAGUGACGGCACUCUUCUUUGCGCAGCCAACAAUGCGGGCAACGUUUUCGUGUGGCAGCUCAUCCAGGCCUUUGAGCGCACCCAGCUGGUCCCGCUGACCCAUUUUUCAGCCCACAAGGAAUACAUCACGCGCAUCCUUCUCUCGCCAGACGUGAAGAAGCUGGCAACUUGCAGUGCAGACCACACCGCCAAGAUCUGGGAGGUAAAAUGUGACAUGGAGCCUGCUGGACCUGACUCAGAGCCUAGGGCGUUCCCGCUCGAGGCCACUCUCACAGGCCAUCAGCGAUGGGUAUGGGAUUGCGCUUUCAGCGCCGACAGUGCCUACCUCGUCACCGCCUGCAGCGACCACUACGCCCGCCUAUGGGAGCUACACAGCCAGCAAAUCAUCCGGCAGUACAAUGGCCAUCAUCGCGGCGCCGUCUGCGUGGCCCUUAACGACUACUCCGAGGCUCGGUAG